CAAAUGUCUAGUUAAUGAGCUACGUUGCUUGCUGGCACUUCAUUAUGUUUGAGUCAGCGUUUUUUGUCGCACACACAAUAGCCAACGUCAUGUAGAGUAGACAUCCACUACGAUACUUGCUGCUUUUUGGUUGUGGAAAACAUAAAAUAUUAAACUUUUUUUUUUUUUUUCAUUUCUAACUUGGUAUUUUAUAUUUAUGUCAGAGAUUGAUUAAUUUAAAAAACCCUGAAGAAUCGAACUAAUUAACUAAGCUAUUAAAAUUCUACUUGUGCUAAAUCUGACACUGUGGAAGUACAAUAGAUAUAUAGUUGUUCCAAAUGCUGGAUAUAUAAAUACGAAUAAACCCGAGAAGGGAAAUCAUAGCAUUGGAACGAGGAAAUUGGGUGAAAAUGGUGGCAUUAUCACUGUACAAAGGGAAUCUGCACAGAGUACCCGAAAUUCCUCCCCGUCAAUGGCUAAUGCCAACCCCCAAAAUCUCCCUCAAAAACUUCAAAAUUCUCCUCCGUCGCCGUUCCCGUGCCCUCGCUCGCCUCCAACCUCUUCCUCCUUCCACCACAAACCCUAACCCUAACCCUGAAACCGAUCCCAAAUCCAAAUCCAGAGCUGACGACGAGGUUGAAGUUGAAGUUGAGGUUGAGGUUCCUCCUGUAUUGGUCCCCGUUAAGACGGAGAAGGAAGAUGAGGAUGUGCGAGUGGAGGCCGUGAAGUUGGCGGAGAAAUUGGUUAUUUCACCUGAUGUAGUACCACCUAAGGUUGAUGAGGUUGUGGAAGCUGAUCAUCAGAAAUUGGAGCUGACAGUGAAUAUUACUCCUUCCUGUGUUGAGACGAGCAACAAAGAGAAUGCAGCUGAUGAACAGAAAAGAAAGGAAAUUGAGGAUAAAUUACAGAUUCUGAAUAUGAAAAAGCAUGGUUUGGUACAAUUACUAAAACAGAUUCUGAAUGCAGAAGAGGAGCUAAAGAGACGGAGCAUGCAAGGUGUGGCAAUUCGGCCAUCACUCCCGCUUCGUGUGGAUACUACAAAUGACACCGGAUCUAUGACUAAACUAAACACACCUAGGAUGGGCUCAGAUGGAAACCCCAUUGGUGAGGUGGAUGGAGAUGGAGGUGAUGAUGCUUCCAACCAGAACACGCUUUCUCGGAAUUUGCUUCGUACGAGCAGUACAUCUCCAUCUUCGGAUUCUCAACUGAGGAAGACCCCCUAUAAUGUGGGUCCUCUCUCUUCACGAUCUGUUGGAGUUACUGUUAGUCCUUCACGGUUUGCACCUCCGGGACAGCAAGGACAACCUUCAAAUCUUCCCCCAAUGUCCCUAUCUGGAACGAAUUUCGCUGCCUCUUCUCCUUCUCCUGUAGCAUCAGGCGGCACUUCAGCAUUUCGGGAUCGGUUUUCAAGCCCAUGAAAUUAGAAGUUAUUGUGGUUAGGUUUUGCAUGUCAAGGCGGCCUAGCUACUGGUUAAUACUCUUGUCAGCUGGCUUUAUGUUUUCUCAACCUCAUUCAAACUGGCUAUUCUGUGAAGCUGUAAAUCAUUCUGAUGUUCCAACUUGUUCAUUCCCUGGGAAGGUAGUAUUAAAGAUGCAGUGUCUAAGUUCGGUUCCUUCUAGUCGGGUGUAUAGUGUUUCUGCUCUCUAGCUAACAGUUGUGCGUGUCCUUUAGAUCCUUGUGAAGUUGCCCUUGUUUUAUAGUUUUCAGUUGUUUAAGUUGUUGGAAAUGCAUAUCCUAUGUACAUAUAUAAUGCCAUUUUACUUUAAGUUAUGCUUUUAAGUCUCUAAA